AUGGCUGGAUCAAGUAGUGUAAGGAUAGAAGAAGCUGAACUGGAUACAUCAAAAAUGGCUCCAGCGAAGAAAAAAUACAAUGUUGAUCCGUUGAAUCUUCACGGUUCUGACAAUCCAAACACUGUUCUAAGCGCCAUAACUCUCACCGGAGUAAACUACUUUUCCUGGACAAAGAGUAUCAAACUAUCGCUUCAAGCCAAAGUGAAACUCGGUUUUCUUGAUGGAAGCUGUGUAAAACCAGAAGACGAUGAUGGAGCAACUCAAUGGAUGGUCGUAGACGCCAUGGUUCGUUCCUGGAUCUUAAAUUCUAUCUCAAAAGAAAUUCGAGCGAAUUUCGAAGGAACGAUUACAACACAAGAUCUAUGGCAAGAAGUCAAAGCUCACUAUGAAGGAAACAACGGACCAACACUCUAUGGACUAGCAAGAGACAUUUCUACUAUUAAUCAAGGUAACCUAACUACUGAAGUAUACUAUUCAAAAAUUAGGUUAUACUGGGAAGAAAUGGCUGGUAUUAAUCCGCUUCCGAAAUGUGAAUGUGAUGGCUCAAACAUAGCAAAUUGCCUUGACUGCAGGGCAAUUAAGAAAUUUCAUCUCAUAAAUGAGAAUGCUAAACUGUUACAUUUCCUAUUAGGUCUAAAUGAAUUUUACGAAAAUGUUAAAGAUCAGAUCCUAAAUUCUGAUCUAUUUCCACCAGUUCAUAAGGCCUUUACAAUGGUUCUAAACAUUGAAAAGAAGAGGGAACUUAACAUUCUCUAUCAUAACUCUCAUGCUGCAAUGAAUGUCAUUGAGACAAUGAAUCAAGUGAGAAAGUAUGCAGUAUGA